AUGCUUACUCUUGGCAAGGACUGAUUCAAACUCACACAUGCUCCCCACCACAACAUUGCUACACCAUGUGGAAAAGGUGUCCAUAUGUUAUUCCUGAUUUUUCUCUUUCCUGUUUCUUAUGGAAAGUGGUGCCCAGACUCCUGUGCAUUUUCAGUGUUAACAUGCUCAACAUUUCUGCCUUCCGAAUCCAUCGUGUGGAAAAUACAGAUAACUGCCAAGAUUACACCAUAUACUCCUGGCCUACUUUUGUCCUGGAAGGAGAACCCACAGUCCUAAAAUGUCUACAAUUCAAAAAUACAAACCCUUUUGAUCUAUCCCUUAACCUGACUUGGGAGAAAAAAGAUUCAUCGGGUAUUAUCCCCAUAGGAUUCAAGGGACCAAGAAUAAUGUCACAAGGUGAUGCUGUUUGGCUUUUACCAACCAUUCUUCAGGACAGUGGGGAAUAUAUCUGCACUCAAAGGAAUUCCUCUUACUGCGCUAAAGUGUCAAUACAUUUAAAAGUCGUCAAGAGAAAUGAAACCAAUAAUAUUUCCUAUCCUCAGAAGGCAUUCCUGCUUAGUUCCGGAAAGAUAGUUUGUCCUAACCUGGAAAAUUUUAUACAAAACAAUACUAAUUAUGAACUCAAGUGGUACAAGGACUCUACACGUCUGAACAUGGAUAAUAAGAAGUUUACAGCUCUGGAGGGCACUAAUUAUCUCUUGAUCAAUCCUAUUUUGAUGCAUGAUUCAGGCUAUUAUACUUGUGAAAUGACCUUCGCGUUUGAAAAGGAACAAUAUAAUAUUACCAGAAUUGUUCAGCUACAGAUACUUGAAAAAAAGGAAAAAAAUAUCCCCUUGAUUGCCAAUCCAAAUGAAAGGAUUACAUCAGUUGCUCUUGGUUCUCACCUCACCAUCCCAUGUAGAGUUUUCAUUGGAGCAAAUAAUCAUUCUGAUGUUGAUGUCUGGUGGCUGGCUAACAACAGUUAUAUACAAACCAUUUACCCAGAUGGCAGAGUUAAGGAAGGAGAAACUGGGCAAUUUGUAGAAAAUAACAACCGAUCUAUUGAGGUGGAAUUGAUCUUUGACUCCAUCACAGAAGCUGAUUUUCAUACUGAUUUCAGAUGUGUGGCACAAAACGUUGGUGGGAGUCGUAUACAAACAGUGACAGUCAAGGAAAAAAAGAAAGAGCGCGAGUUGUCUUGGUAUUUGGCAGUUGUUCCUGUGGCUCUGGCUGUUCUCAUCAUAGGAGGAGUAUACUUGAGUAAAUACUGGAAGCAAAGAUCCACCAAGGGAUAUGUUGUGGCCAGCUCCUAACGAAUAUACUUUUAUUUCUUACACAUUUUUUAUUUAGCAUCCUAAAUGAUUUUUUCAUCUGUCCUAAGAUAUCUAGAAUCCUUUCGGUUGUAAACAGAAAUGAAGUUGUACACUGUAUGUAAUGGAAAGAUGGUUUUAUUUGAUAUU